CGUCAGAUACAAUUCGUGUGCACAUCUGGUCUGUCGCUCUAACCGAACGCAAGGAUGAAGCUCUUGGCGUGCGCCGUGUUACUGCUGGUAGGUCUGACCGUGGCCAACGGAUCAACCCGUAAAAUUGACUGGAGUUUGGUGCGUCCGAUCAGCGAGUUUCCUCACGUAGCGAAACGCAUCGAGGAUUUGACGGAAGGGAAUACUGGAUAUAACUGGGGUUCGAAUCAACGCAUCGUUGGUGGCCAGAUCGCUUCCCCGGGACAGUUUCCGUAUCAGGCCGCUGUUCUGACCGACAUCGCUGGCGGGAUUGGACUCUGUGGUGGAGUGCUGAUUUCAUCAAAUUUUAUCCUAACGGCUGCUGUUUGCGUGGAUGGUGCCAGUGAAGGAACGGUUAUUCUGGGAGCACAAAACCUACAGAACGAGAACGAGGUAGGACAAGUGCGCAUUGACUUUAGCAGUUCGGACAUCCGAGUUCACGAGCAAUAUCUGGAGUUUAUAUUUCGGCAUAAUAUCGCGGUCGUCAGGCUGCCGACGCCAGCACCAAUGACAGGUCGGAUUCAACCGGCAAGGCUGCCCGCCGUUACAGAUUCGCGUACAUUUGCCGGAAUGGCCGCCACCGUAAGUGGGUUUGGCCGCACGUCGGAUGCGAGCACUUCGUUCUCGGACGUGCUGCGUUACGUGUUUAACCCAAUUUUGACGAACGCCGAUUGUGGCGCGGGAUGGUGGGGUGACCUCAUCGACGGUCAAAAGUUGUGCCUAUCUAACGUGAACGGACGCGGACCGUGUGUUGGGGAUGACGGAGGCCCGCUGACCAUUCUGGAAGGUGGUCAAACUUUGCUGGUGGGAAUUCAUUCUUUUGGAGCUGUCCUUGGGUGUGAAGUGAACUGGCCCGCCGUUUUUGUAAGAAUUACGUUCUAUUCGGACUGGAUUCGAACGCACACGGAUGUCUAAUAGGUCAUUUAGGUUUUCUACAGUUAUUGUGUUUGAUAAAUAAACAAAAUUUAGUUUUUUUAUUGUUGGCACUUUUGGCAUAUUUUCGGUUAAUAAACAGAUUUGGUUUCUAAAAA